UUUAUUUUCUUUCUAUUUUUAGUAGAAAAAAUCUUUAUAUACAACAAUAGGUGAUUGUGUAACAAUAUGUAAAAUAUUCCAUAGAAAAAUAAGGAAACAAGAAGAAGUUAACAGUGAAAAUGGCUAAAGGUGUACAUGCCAUUGGUUUCAUCACUUAUCUAGUGAUUUUCUUGAUUUUGACAGUAGGAAUAUCAAGAAUAAAGACUAAGAAGCCGCCAUGUAAAGAGGGUCGAACCGCAUAUAUUUCACCUGGUCCUUGUAGUAACAGUCUAUGCACACAAGACUGCACCCUUGCUGGUGUGUAUCGUAUGGGCAAAUGUAAAAUUGAGCGGUCAAAACCAGUUUGCAAAUGUUAUGGAUGCAAAAAAGUGUAGA